GUUGUCGUGUUGUUGCUGCCUUUACUUCCGCUUCACACAGCGAGGAGCUAACGCUUUAUCAAUGUGCUGCUCAACCUUUUUAUAGUAGGACGUUUGGCCCUUACAUUUAGUUAAUGCCCAGGUAUUUAUGAAACCGGAGACGGAGGUACUGACAGGCAACUAUGUCGCUGUAUGAUGACCUCGGUGUGGGUGCCAGUGACACCAAGACCGAAGGCUGGUCCAAGAACUUCAAGUUGUUGCAGUCCCAGCUGAAGGUGAAGAAGGCGGCUCUGACCCAGGCCAAGACCCAGCGGAUGAAGCAGACCACUGUCUUGGCGCCGGUCAUUGAUCUAAAGAGAGGAGGCUCCAGUGACGAGAGACAGAUCACAGACACUCCUCCACAUGCUGCCGCUGGACUCAAGGAUGCCGUGCCCAGUGGUUUCUCCUCUGGCGAUGUGCUGAUCCCAUUGGCAGACGAGUACGAUCCCAUGUUCCCCAACGACUACGAGAAGGUGGUGAAGCGCCACAGAGAAGAACGACAGCGGCAGAGGGAGCAGGAGCGGCAGAAGGAGAUCGAGGAGAGAGAGAAGAAGAGGAAAGACCGGCAUGAUGGUGGAGCUCCAAGUGGUUUCUCCCGUUUCCCCACAGCAGAGGGAGAAUCAGAUGAGGAAGAGGACUAUGAGAAAGAGCGGAGGAAACGAACUUUGGGCGGAGCAGCUAUCGCCCCUCCUUCUUCACUUGUGGACAGAGAUGGCUCAUCCCCGUUCGCCUACGAGGAUGAAGGUCGCCCUGCCAGAGGCUCAAAGGCCGCCAUCCCUCCGCCCAUGUUUGAGGACUCAGACCGGCCACGUUCACCGCCUGGACCAACCAGCUCCUUCCUGGCCAACAUGGGAGGUACGGUGGCCCAUAAGAUCAUGCAGAAGUAUGGCUUCAAAGAAGGUCAGGGCCUGGGGAAGCACGAGCAGGGCCUCAGCACGGCGCUGUCCGUGGAGAAGACCAGCAAGAGAGGCGGAAAGAUCAUCAUAGGCGACGCUGCAGAAAAACCAGGGUCCAGCCAGUCAGGCGCUGCUGAGACAUCAGGCGGAGGUUCUGCAGCGGAUUCAUCCAAGAAGUCCGAGGCCAACCCGCUCACAGAGAUCCUCAAAAACCCGACCAAAGUCGUCCUUCUGAGGAACAUGGUGGGCCCAGGAGAGGUUGACGAGGACCUGGAGGGAGAGACGAAAGAAGAGUGCGAGAAAUACGGCAAAGUGGUUAAAUGUGUCAUUUUUGAGAUUGCAGAAGUGCUAGAUGAUGAAGCUGUCAGGAUAUUUCUGGAGUUUGAGAGGGUGGAGUCAGCCAUCAAAGCCGUGGUGGAUCUGAACGGACGUUAUUUCGGUGGGCGGGUCGUCAAGGCCUGCUUCUACAAUCUAGACAAGUUUCGGGUUUUGGACCUGGGCGAGCAGGUCUGAUGUCUCCGGGCACCAACAGGCACUAUGAACACACAUCAUCUCCCCGCUUGUACAUAAUAAACCUUUUUUAUAUUUCCUGAACAGUGAAGUGUCUGUAUGUAGUGAUGAGUCCAUCUUGUAGAUUGUUUUUUUUUUCUGUGAUGAAAAAUACCUUUAUGCCAAGACAAAAUAAAGGGUAUAAACUGUCUAGUUAA